CCGAACAUGGCCGACGAACGCACCCCGCUCAUCGCCGUAGUCCAAACCCGCCCUCAUCGCGACCGCUACCCGCAUCACCGCCUCCGCGCCUUUUGCACCGUCUUCCUCACCCUCUGUCUCAUCUUCGGAAUCACCGCUGCAUUCCUCAUUCUCAACUUCUCGCCUUUCGACGCCGACACACAAGAUUCGAAUCAUUGGGUCUCAGAGUACCUCAGCCUCCCUUCUGCGCCGCGAAAGUUCAACAUCCCAGAUAGCUGGCCCUUCAGCUCCGGUAUCGAAUAUGAAGAGCUAGUACAGAUACUGAAGAGCACACCCGACAGGGAGAAAGCUAGGGAGUGGAGUAGCUACUAUACUGCCGGACCACAUCUUGCAGGCAGGAAUCUGAGCCAGGCGCUCUGGACAAGGGAGAGAUGGGAGGAGUGGGGCGUUGAGAGCACAAUUGUGGAUUACGAUGUCUAUCUGAAUUAUCCUGCCGGCCAUCGGCUUGCGCUGCUGGAGCAGGAUAAGAAGACGGAAGAGUGGAGUGUGAAGUUUGAGGCAACGCUCGAAGAAGAUGUGUUGGAGGAGGAUCCGACGUCUGGGCUUCCAGAGAGGAUACCUACCUUUCAUGGGUAUAGUGCGAAUGGGAAUGUUACGGCGCAGUAUGUGUUCGUGAAUUAUGGCACAUAUGCAGAUUUUGAGGCGUUGAGGGCGAGGAAUGUGAGUUUGGAGGGGAAGAUUGCGUUGGCGAAAUAUGGGGGUGUGUUUCGCGGGUUGAAGGUCAAGAGGGCGCAGGAGAUGGGUAUGGUUGGUGUGGUUAUGUAUGGCGAUCCUGGAGAUGAUGGGUUGGUGACGGAAAAGAAUGGGUAUGAGGCGUAUCCUGUUGGACCUGCGAGGAAUCCUUCGAGUGUACAGCGGGGAAGCGUACAGUUCUUGAGCUUUGCUCCUGGAGACCCUACUACGCCUGGGUAUCCGUCUAAACCUGGCUGCCCUCGCCAGCCGGUCGAUCACGCCAUUCCUUCUAUACCAUCACUUCCCAUCUCUUACGCAGAAGCUCUGCCUCUUCUUAAGGCUCUCAAUGGCUUAGGUCCAGAGGCCUCUUACUUUGGCGAUUCCUGGACAACGGGCGGGCUGGGUUACAAAGGCGUCGAAUACAGCGUUGGUCCCUCGCCCGCCGAUCUCAAACUUAACCUCGUCAAUGAGCAAGAAUACGUUACAACUCCACUUUGGAACGUGAUCGGCAUUAUCAACGGCUCGAUUCCUGACGAGGUCGUCGUGAUAGGGAAUCAUCGUGAUGCCUGGAUUGCUGGGGGCGCAGGCGACCCCAAUAGUGGGUCUGCUGCUAUCAACGAAGUGAUCAGAAGUUUUGGCAUUGCGCUGCAGGCCGGCUGGAAGCCAUUGCGCACGAUUGUCUUUGCCAGCUGGGAUGGCGAAGAGUAUGGGCUGGUUGGGUCAACAGAGUGGGUCGAGGAGUACCUUCCCUGGUUGUCAUCUUCUACCGUCGCAUAUCUCAACGUCGAUGUUGCAACUAGAAGCCCUCACUUGGAGGUUUCUUCUGCUCCUUUGCUCAACAAUGCCUUCAUCGAAGCCAUCUCUCUCAUCCCUUCACCCAACCAGACCAUCCCAGGCCAAUCCAUCGCCGACGUCUGGGAUAAACGAAUCCACACCAUGGGCUCCGGCUCCGAUUUCACCGCCUUCCAAGACUUCGCUGGUAUUCCCUCUCUAGACAUGGGCUUCGGCGGCAUGGGUCCCGAAACCCCCGUCUACCACUACCACAGCAACUACGACUCCAAAGCCUGGAUGGAAAACUUCGGCGACCCGACCUUCGCAUACCAUGAAGCCCUUUCGAAAGUCUGGGCCGUUCUCGCCGCCCGCCUCAUCGAAACCCCCGUCAUCCAGCUCAACGCCACCGAGUACGCAGUAAACCUCGAUCGCUACAUCACUGCCCUGAAAAAGAAAUCCGCAGGUCAAACAUCAUCCUCUUCACUAUUACCCGCAGAUGUAACAACUGCGUAUAAGGAUAUAUUCACAUCCCUCGACACAGCGCUCUCCCACUUCCUGACCGCAGCAAUCGUCCACGACGCCCUCGCCUCCUCCCUCCUAAACGAUCUCUACCACAACUUCCCGCCUUGGUGGAACCUGUACAAGCGUCUCCGCCUCUUCCUCGCCGUACGCAGAGUGAAUACAAAGUACAAGCUCCUUGAGCGGCAGUUCUUAUACCCAGAGGGAUUGGAUGGGAGGACCUGGUUCAAACACGUUGUUUUUGCGCCUGGGAAGUGGACGGGGUAUGCUGGAGAGACGUUCCCGGGGAUCGGGGAGGGAAUCGAACGGGGCGAUUUGGAGGGGAUGAGGAAAUGGGCGGGGAUUGUUGUUGGGGUGCUCGAAGGGGCAACGAGGUGGUUGGGUGAUGAUUGAGAGGGGGUUAUGGUGGUUAAUUUUCAUACGU